AUGGCCGCUAAAUCCGUCGCCUGCCCUCACGAUGGAUGCGCCAACAAGUACGCGUCGGAAGCCUCCCUCCGAAGACACAUUAAGAACAAACACGCUACAGAUGAGGAAGGAGAUGAGACCUCACACUCCUGUCCCCACUGCCACCGACCUUUCUCCACCGCCCGCGGGCUCAGCGUCCACAUUGGCAAAUCGCACCGUCAGGCCCCCCCUGAGCCGACGCGCCCCCCCCCGGCCCCGGCCCCUGCCGAUCCCGGCCUCGAUCCCGACCCCGGCCCCACCGUGACGCCCCCCAGCCGUGAUGACGAAGACCGCGAGGAACCCGACGACGACCCCGUGGAGAUCGCGGACCUAAGCUGCCCUCACUGCGCCCAGGCCCUCCCGUCGGCCCACGGCCUCGCCAACCACCUUCGCGCCUGCAAGGACCACAGGGUCCCCGCCCCUGGAGCACCCCGCUCGGGUCCGCCCAGCUCCAGGUACUGGACUGCUGUCGAGCACCACCGCUAUGUGGAGGCCAUGGCGCGCUUCGCGGAUCACCCCGACCUACUUGCGCGCGCGGCUGCCCACAUCGGGACCCGCACGUACAAACAGGUUGACUCCCACCGCACCAAGGUGAUCGCGGCGGAGCGCGAGGGCCGCCCUGUCCGCACGCUCGACCCCACGAUGGACUGGCGCAUGCGGCCCUACUGCGCCAGCACCACGGCCCGGUGGCUGGCUGAGCAGGGGCGUAGCCCAGUAGCGCCCCGCUCGCCCUGCCCCGAGCCCCACGCCCCGCCGCCUGCAGCCGCGCUGCUGUACAUCCCGGCCACGCCCCCCGCGCCAACGCCCCGUGCCCCAGUGGCGCCUCCCAAGCUUGCGCCUCCCGCCGAGAGCACCGUGCCCGCCACGCCCGAUGGGAAUCCGGAGGCGCCAGCACCCCCGUUUAGCGCCCCCGGACCUCCCACCCCCAAGGCAUUGCCGCCCCCGCCCCCGUCCCGCCGCAACCUGCGCCCUCACCUCGUGCCCAAGGAUGCUUGGCAGGGGGUCGCCGAUGCCGUCGCCCCUGCCGCCUCGCGCCUCCUGCGCACGCCCCUUGCGCACCUCUCCACCGAGCAGUGGGCCACGUUCGAAGCCGCCCUCGCCGGCCUCGAGGCUACGCUCCACCAUGCCGCCCGCAGUGCAGAGGCGGUGCCCACACGCUGCGCUAGCCGAGCAAGGGAAGACGCCGAGCGCCAACUCCGUGAAGCCCGAAAGACGCGUGAGAUCUUUGGCAAGGCCGCUGCCCUCUACGCAGCCGGCAAGGACCCCACUGCCACCAUCGAGCGCAUCCCCCCAGAAGUCCGCCUACACCUGCCAACCCCUGGCUCGGCUGAAUGGCCCGCCAGGGCGGCCGCCGCCCGCAGGGUGAUCCGCCGUGCAGUCGCGCGAGCGGACCGGUUGCGCAAGCGCAUGGGCAUCCUCGAUAGCGACCGCGACCUCCAACGCCUCUUCAACGCUAACCAGAAGAAGGCAGUUCGGCAGAUCCUCGCCCCGUCCACCAAGGCGCCGCGGUGCCAGCUAGACCCAGCCGCCGUCGAGGAGGCCUACAUCCAGACCCUCGCCAAGCCGCCGCCGAUCGACCCCAGCCCCCCGUGGAAGAACUCCGUCCAGUGGCCCCGCCCGCCCACUGCCGCCGAUGACGGAGGCAGCCCCUUCAGCGUCGCCGAGGUCCGGGCCCAGCUCCGCCGACUGCCCAACGGGUCCGCCCCAGGGAUCGAUGGCAUACCGUACGAGGCCUACAAGCGUACGAAACUGGACGCCACGCUCGCCCAUGUCUUCGAGGUCGUGCGGCUGAAUGCGCGCCUGCCAGCUCGAUGGGAUGUGGCGCGCACGGUCCUGCUCUACAAGAAAGGCGACCCUAACGACACCGGCAACUGGCGACCGAUAAGCCUCCAGGUCACCAUCUAUAAGAUCUUCACGGCCGCCCUGUCGAAGCGGCUCAUCUCCUGGGCUGGCAAGCACAACACUUUCUCCGCAUCGCAGAAGGGAUUCCUACCGGCCGAAGGCUGCCACGAGCACGCGUUUGUCUUGCGAAGCGUGCUUGACGACGCCCGUCGGCACAAGCAGAACGUGUACCUUGCCUGGUACGAUCUGCGCAACGCCUUCGGAUCGGUGUCGCACGACCUCAUCGCCUGGUGCGCUGCCAUGUUGGGCCUGCCCCGCUACCUCCGGGAUGCCAUCGGCGCAAUCUAUCGGCACUCAGCGCUCUUCGUCCAAGUUGGGGAUCAGGAGACCACCGGCGUCAUUCCUAUGCGCUGCGGCGUCAAGCAGGGCUGCCCUCUCAGCCCCCUCCUCUUCAACCUGUGCGUCGAGCCGGCCCUUCGCUGCCUACGCCGCACCACCGGGUACAAGUUCUACGGCACGUCGAUCACCGUCGAGGGCCAGGCCUACGCCGACGACCUGCUCACUGCCGCGCCCUCCGCCUACCAUGCGGCCCGGCAGGUGGCCACGAUCGAGGAAUGGGCCAACUGGGCGGGAGUCUCCUUCGUCGUCCAAGCCCUCUCCCUGGAUGCGCCGGCCGGCAAGUGUGCCGCCCUCGCGAUCAACUUCGAAGGUGGUCUAAUGCACUCUAUCGACCCUGCCCUCAAGGUCCAAGGCGCAGCCAUCCCGGCCAUGUCAAGAAACAACGUGUACCGCUACCUCGGAGUACAUGUCGGUCUCACAGAUGCGCUCGGCCAAGCGAACGAGCUCCUCGAGAAGGCCUCACGCGAUGCACGCACGAUCUGUGCCUCUGGCCUCGAACCCUGGCAGAAGGUGGUCGCAAUCAAGACCUUCAUCCUCUCCCGGCUCCCCUUCUUCUUCCACAACGGGAAGAUCCAGAGGGGCCGAUGCCAGCAAUUCGACCGCGAGCUUCGAGAAAACCUGCGGGCCGCCCUCCGACUCCCCGUCUGCACCACGAACGCCUUCUUCCAUUCCCGCGUGGCCUCAGGCGGCCUUGGCAUCCUGCCCAUCGCGGAAGAACAACAAGUCUACCUGGCAGCCCACGUGUUCAAGCUCCUGACUUCGCCAGAUCUGUCGAUCCGCGCCAUCGCCCGACACCAACUUGCCGAGGUCACCCACGCGCGACACACCACGCCAGUCCAGGACGGCGAAGCGUCACCCUUCUUCGGAUGGCUCAUGCGGGGGCAGGAGGUCGCAUCAACUACCCCCUCGGGUGACGUCAGUUCAAUCUGGUUCGCAGCUGCAGGCGCCUACUCGAGGAUGGGAUGGUCAGUCCGCGAUGCACUCCACCCGACGCUGACAGUUGGUCCGGGCGUCCAAUUCGAGGGCCGAUUCCAACGUGCCAACGUCAUCCCAGCUCUCCGGGCUAGCGCCUUUUCCCGCCAUGCUGUGGAAUGGAGUGCCCUCCGCACCCAGGGUCGAGCAGCAGCCUACCAACAUGCCGUCCACCCUGCAACGCACCACUGGGUCCACAACAGCGCUGGCCUGACGACCAAGGAGUACCGAUUCGCGAUCAAGUGUCGAUUGGGUCUCCUGCCGACGCGAGCAGCUCCACACCACCGCAAUGGGCCAACAGCGUGCAGGGCGUGCUCCUACGCCCGCGAGACGGCCAACCAUGUUCUCGGACACUGCCCGGCGACCAAGGCCGAAGUCAUCGCGCGCCACAACAGGAUAUGCCGAGCUCUGGCCCAGGCGGCUGAAGCCUCAUGGACGUCUGUCCUUGAAGACGUCCCGAUCCCGGGGGUGGACUCCCCCCUACGACCCGACAUCUACUGCUCUCGGCCGGGCCAGUGUGCCAUCAUCGAGGUCGCGGUCUCCUACGAGGACGCCUUCAACGCUUCGAUGGAGGGCCGGGCGAAGCAGAAGACCGACAAGUACGCUGGCCUGGCUGCUACCGUCGAGGAGCAGCUGCGGCUCCAAACCCGGCACGCGGCUUUCGUGGUGGGCUUCUCUGGCGUCCCUCGGUAA